UAAAAAACCACGUAUUUGAAAUAGUCGAGAAAUAAAAGAUCCAUGUCUAUCGAAAACAUACGUGUCAAGUGGAAAUGCAUAAGUAUGUAUAUGUAUACAUUCGUGGGACAAACAUGUGCAUAGCUGUCGUGCCACAGCGGUGCUUGUACCUCGAGGAGGUCCUGUCAGAAGGCAGCUGUCACGUCUCUUCUCUGUCUGUAGCCUCGGGGAAAGACUCUCCAUGGGGUCCACAAACAGCGCAACCAUACGCAAUGCGGGUACUCCUCUCGAAACUUCCGAGACCAUGGAUAGUUGACGAGAAAAAGGACGAUGGUUACACGGCCCUUCAUCUGGCUGCUCUGAACAAUCACGUCGAAGUUGCUGAACAGCUGGCACGUGCUGGAAAAGCUGACCUGGAUUUGCAAAACGUCAAUUUGCAGACCGCGUUGCAUCUCGCUGUCGAGCGACAGCACACGCAAAUCGUUCGUCUUCUGGUACGCGCGGGCGCUAACUUAAACGUGGCAGACAAGGAUGGAGACACGCCUCUUCACGAAGCUUUGAGAUAUCAUACUUUGUCGCAGCUGCGGCAGCUGCAGGAUGUCCAGGACGUAGGACGUCUCUUGAUGGGUUUAGGCGCACAAGGACAGGACAAGAAGAGUAGUUCGUUCAUCGCUUGUUUCCUAGCUGCUCAUGGGGCCGAUUUGAAAUUAAAAAAUAAGAAAGGACAAACUCCUCUCGAUCUAUGUCCGGAUCCAAAUCUUUGCAAAACUUUAACUACUUGUCACAAGGAUAAAGAAUCUUUCAGGCAUGAUAUCGAAACAGCAGCCCCAUCAGCUACGAUCGACGAAUGUUUGGUCUGCUCCGAUGGAAAACGUGAAAUGCUUUUCAGUCCCUGCGGUCAUGUAACUUGUUGUAAUAUUUGUGCGCCAAGAGUGAAAAAAUGUCUAAUAUGCAGAGAGAAUGUUCUUUCUAGGACGAAGAUUGAGGAAUGUGUCGUUUGUUCUGAUCGAAAAGCUAGCAUGCUAUUUCGUCCAUGUGGACAUAUGUGCGCUUGCGAAAGUUGCGCAACCCUGAUGAAGAAAUGCGUACAAUGCAGAACUCAAAUUCAGCACAUGGUACCACUAUCUAUGUGUUGUGGUGGAGGAGGAGACGUUACUUACGUUAAAAAUUCUAAUGCUUCAGGGGUAACAAUAACAGAAGUAAAGAACGAUCAAGAAGAAGAAUUACCACAACAAAAUACUGGAAAUGGAGAAACUAUUUUAAUGAAUAAUGGUAGCCGAGAUACGUCUCAUAACGAUAUACAGAAACUUCAACAGCAACUUCAAGAUAUUAAAGAACAGACUAUGUGUCCAGUUUGCCUAGAUCGUUUAAAAAAUAUGAUAUUUUUAUGCGGUCACGGAACAUGUCAAAUGUGUGGAGAUCGGAUGUCAGAAUGUCCAAUAUGUCGAAAAGCUGUAGACAAACGAAUUUUACUUUAUUGAAUGUAAAAAAAAGAAUUGUUAUCUAGAAUUCUGAAAUUCUUUUUAAGAAUUAUUAUAUUAUUGUUAAGAAUUAAUAAUAGGAAUAAUUAAAUAUUGCAUUCAAUGA